UUUAGUAAGGAAAACUGUUCAAGGAAAGAAUCAAAAAGUGUCUGUGAGGAAGGAUUAACACGAACUGAGGCUUGUGAUUCCUUAAUUACUAAUGAAGAAAUUGGUAGAGUUUUUGAAGAAGAGCUUGAUUUAAUGAUAAAAAAUAAUUAUGAUCUUACAAGAUUGCUGAAUGUGAACAGUAGGUUAAAAGAUAUUCUUGGCCCACUUGCUGCUCUGAAAGAUAAUAAUAUUUCUCAGAACAUAUGUGAUACAGACUCUCGUUUUGCAAAAUUGUCAUUGAUGAUUGCAAUCACAGGGAGAAAGCUACAACAACUUUCAGAUUUUUUAAUCAAUGAAAUUUCUUCAAAAGGUGAAGAAGCUGUAUUAGCAGCCCUACAGAUGCCAACCUGUCAUGAAAAAUUGAAAGAUAUGAAUGUAAACUUGUUCAUGCAACUUUUAGAAAGAACAACUACUGCAGGGACAGCAAGUACCAACAGAAACCGUUUUAAUUCCUCUGAUACAGGAUAUUCAAAAUUAUCUUCAGAGGAUACUCAUUGUCAUUACAGGGAUGUUGUUGAUCCUUUUAAAUACACUGCAACAGAAAACCACCCUCAGUUGCAAGACUUAUUGACGCCUAAGGAUAGACAGAGAAAAUCUCUGGAAAAUGAUCAAUCAGAAAAUCAGAAAAGUAUAAAAAAAACUAAAAUGAAGCAAAAACAAGAAGGGAAAUUUACAAAAUAUCAACACCUUGGAACACCAGAUGAAAAACUGUGUGCAUUUAUUGAGGAGUUAAAGAAAGAAGAAAUCAAACCCAAUAAAAUAAUGCUUAUAGAAAACUUGCUUUCUAAAUUUGGUAAAGAUUUGAUGAAUCCACUCUAUAGUUUGGAUUGCAGUUAUGAAUUACCAGGAGGGAGCAAUCAGUAUAGUGCAUCUUUUCACCUUGAUGGUUUAUUUAUUGCUCGUGGCUGUGGAAUUCAUAAGAAAGACCUUAAGCACAAAAUAUAUUCCAAAGUUUACGAAUUGUUGCUAGCAACCCCGCUUGAUGAUAUUUUAAAACUGAAAGAUCCUGGACCUUAUGAAGAACAAGAUGUGCCUGAAGAAUCUGAACCCUGUCUUGAUUACAAUGCUAGUGGAAACAAGAUGGUUCCAGUUAUCGUUCAACUCAAGAAAUUUUUUGCUGAAAAAGUUUUCAGUGAGAAUAUUUCUGUGUCUGUCCUAAAACAGGCUUGUAUGAAGACAGGGGGUAAGAUAGAUCUCGAUUACAAAGUGGAGGACAAAUUUAUAAUUCAUGGACGCCCUUAUUAUAAAGGGACAUUGAAGCUGAAUGACAUAAUUCUAGCUAUUGGAUGGGCAUUCAAGAAAAAGGAAACACGACAAAAGACUUAUUUUAAAGCCAUCUCAAGACUGCAACAAUUGCCCCCUGAAGAAGUUGGUGAAGGAAUAGAAGAUUCUGAUAUACCAGAACCUGACACGGAUGUUUUUAGUCUGCACAAUACCAUUCCACCUCUUGAAGAAAGAUUCAGAUCACUAGUUAAGUAUGUCAAGAACUGUAAUGCUCCACCUAAAAAUAGCAUUGUGUGCACAAUCGACACUAAAGCAAUUGAAGUUUUCUUAAAUCCUACAGUGGUGUACCAACGUGUUGGCAUUAACAACAACAUUGUGAAGUGCAUGCUAUUUCUGUCUGAUCAAUUUAUAGCUAGCGCAGAAAAUAGCUGCAAGCGCGAGUCACAGGUGGUUGCCUACAAUGCAUCAUGGGAAACAUUAAAGACGUUGGAUGUGGAACAACUGCUAAACCAGCGAGAACCACUUCAGAAUGAAGAUAUUAAUGGUGUGAAUAUUAUUGAAGUUGUUAUGAAGGGUAACCAAAAAAUGUUACUAAAUACUGAAACUCCAGAAACUGAAUCCACUUCCAACAAUGUCCCAUCUCAGUCAACUGAAAUAUGUUAAUUUCAUGUAUGUGUACAAGUACUAGGAAAGCUUUAAGCUUACCUUGCUGGUUUUGUGUUGUUGUUUGUUGUUGUUUUUUUUUAUGUCUGUGAGUGUAACAUUAGUAAGGAUACUGAAUCCUUGAAUACAGCUGUUCAUGAUUAGUUCACAAAUAUCAAGUUCAAUGAAAUCCAUAAGUGAAUAUGUUAAGAAAAAUUAGCUAUUGUUUAGCUGCAAUGGUUAAAGACAUUUUAGCCAUGAUAUCUUGUUUUUUGCUCCCAAACAUCGUACAAUCAGGCCUAAUCUCCAACAUAUAAUUUCAUUUUUUAUGACUGUUGGAUGUCAUUUGGGGGUGAUUCAGCUACUAUUUCCCACAGGGCAACUGACCACAUUUGAGGCUCCCUUAAAAAACAAAAACCUUCUCUUACCCGCUGUAGUACAUUAAUAGUCCCUAAAUAAUUUGCUGAAUAAAUAACAGUGUAGAAGAUAAUUAUGUUAUAGACAUGCUUGUGUGAGCAGCUUUAGUUUCCAAGUAAAGCAAAAAUAUUUUUUAUUUCACAAAUAAGAAAUGUUAACUGUUGGAAAGAAAGAUUAUCUGUCAUUGGUAAAUAUUCUCUUUCAUUUUACAAUCUGUGAUAGAAAGCUGUGAUAAACGUACUUUUGAGUACAAUGGUUUAUGUUUAUUUCUGUAUAUCGUAAAAUAUGGACCAGAAUCUUUUAAUGGCAUACACUGGGAAAUACUUAAAUGAAAUUUCAACUUUAAGUCACGAAACAUUGUUUUAUGAAAGGAGGAACUCAGUUCUUGCCAAGUACAGUCAGAAAUGUCACCACACGUGUACCAAACUUGUGGGAAUAAAAUGUUUGUAGUAAUGAUGUUUUCUGAUUCUUCAAUGGCAGCUCCUCCUAUUGUCGAAAAACUAGAAUUCACAAAUCUUUGAAUUUUUCACUUGUCAGCAAAGAACAUUUGUAUAAUUCUCUACAAAACUCAGGUGAGGCCUGCAUUAGAGCAUUGCUCUUACAUAUGGGACAGUGCUGUUGCUGUACAUAUAGGCCUCCUAGGUCACUUGACCAACUGGCAUAAAGUUACUCACAGAUACCUUCCAGUCUCUGGCCCACAGACAUGCUGUCUUUUCUCUCUCUCUCUCUGCCUUCCCUACUGCUACUAUAAUGGCCUUUGCUCCCUGGAACUGUCUGACUUCAUACUGUUUCUGCUCAGGCAUUUUCAUCCCCACAUGUCUCUCCUCCUUCUAUCACCCUUCUUAUGUCCAACCCCAACAGACCCUGCACUAAUGACUAUGCCUAUCUCUUCCUUCCUAGAAAGUUGGCUCUCUGAAAUUCCCUCCUUGCUCAUAUCUUUCAUAUAGUUGUUGACUUGCAGAAGUUUGAGAUGAACAUUAAUAGCAUCAAUCUUACCAAUCCAGAGAGGGCCUAUGGAAAGCCAUGAGCACUGCUCAGGGAUUUUACUGACCCUCAAGACUCAACAUGUAAAGAAAGAAAAUUCAAUAAUUCACAUUUUUUUUUCUCCUUUUAUUUAAAAUACAACAUGUCAGGGUUGAUAGAUAAAGUAUCAAUUCAACACUGAUAUCGUCAUCAUCAUCACUGUCGUUGUUGUUGUUGUUGUUGUUAUCAUCAUUGUCAUUGUUGUCAUCAUCCCCCUCUCCUGCUUCCUCCUCCUACUCCUACUGUUACUGUUGCCUCUGCUGCUGCUGUGCCUCGGGUGUUAGUCAUUGAAAAUACAAGUUUCAAGAUAUGAAUGAUAUGAGCUCUCUUUACUGUUUUCCACAGUAAUAAAGCAACCAGGUUUUUUUUUUUUUUUUCUGGACAGUUAAGAAUCAAAUUUCCUUCACUGGCUUUAAUGCCAAGCACUUGAUUCUAAUGGUUAUAAAUAAUUCUAAUUUUUCAAUUACAAAAAAAAUAUAUAAAAACAAAAAAUAAAAGAAUGUUGUCUCAGCUUCUUUUUUCACAUAAAAAAAAAAAUGUUUUUUUUUUAUCAAAUACAGUUUAAAUUAAAUUAAAAUUAUUUUAACACAAAAUUUAAAACUGUACAGGUUUAUUCUUCCUAUUAUUUAUUUGCACAAAUCUAUAUUGUUGUUUUAUUGUUAAUUUAAUAUUUGUUGUUUUUUAAAUAAAGUUUUACCUCAA